CGCCGAUACCGGUACUCGCCGUCGAUUUCGACAAAACACUCGUCGUCGCACGAUGCACGGCGUCAUGGCUCCCUCUACGCUCACCGCGCGCACGGUGCUCGCGGGCAAGACGACGACGCCCAAGGCGCAAACGCGCGUCGCCGGCGUCCGCCGCUCGCUCAAGGUCCGCGCGGAAGCGAAGGACCUCACGUUCGACAUGAAAUCCCGCAUCAAGAUCCAAGCCGGGAUCGACAAGCUCGCGGACGCGGUCGCCGUCACGCUCGGCCCCCGAGGCCGCAACGUCGUCCUCGCCGAGGCCGUGGGCAUGCCCCAGGUCAUCAACGACGGUGUCACGAUCGCGCGCGCGAUCGAGCUCCCCGAUCCCGUCGAAAACGCGGGCGCGCAGCUCAUCAAAGAAGUCGCCGGCCGCACCAACGACUCCGCCGGCGACGGCACGACCACCGCCUCCGUCCUCGCGCGCGAGAUGAUCCGACUCGGCCUCCAGUCCGUCACCGCGGGCGCGAACCCGAUCUCCAUAAACAAGGGCAUCGACAAGACGCGCAGGUAUCUCACGGAGAAGCUGGAGGAGCUCGCGAAGCCCAUCAGCGGCAGCGCCGAGAUCAAAGCCGUCGCGUCCAUCUCCGCGGGUAACAACGACGAGAUCGGCGAAAUGAUCGCGGACGCGAUCGAAAAGGUUGGCGCGGACGGCGUGCUCUCCAUCGAGAACGGCAGCGGUCUGGACACCACGGUCGAGGUCGAGGAGGGCAUGGAGAUUGACCGCGGAUACAUCUCGCCGCAAUUCGUCACCAACAGCGAGCGCCUCCAGGUGGAAUUCGAAGGCGCGAGGAUCCUCGUGACGGAUGAAAAGAUCGAGCAGGUGAAGGACCUCGUCCCGAUCUUAGAGGAGGUGUCCCAGAACGGCGGCGACCCGCUCCUCAUCAUCGCGGAGGACGUCGCCGGCGAAGCGCUCGCGACGCUCGUCGUGAACAAGCUCCGCGGCGUUCUCAACGUGGCGGCGAUCAAAGCCCCCGGAUUUGGCGAACGCCGCAAGUCCCUCCUCCAAGACAUCGCGAUCGUGACCGGGUCUACCUUCCUCGCGAAGGACCUGGGCCUCGGCGUCAAGAGCGCGACGAUCGACGCGCUCGGGUACGCGCGGAAGGUGACGAUCACGAACAACACGACGACGCUCAUCGCGGACGCGGCGUCCCGCGACGAGAUCGACAUUCGCGUGGCGCAGCUCAAGCAAGAGCUCGCGGAGACGGACUCCAUCUACGACACGCAGAAGCUCUCGGAACGCAUCGCGAAGCUCUCCGGCGGCGUCGCCGUUAUCAAGGUUGGCGCCGCGACGGAGACGGAGCUCGAGGACCGCAAGCUUCGCAUCGAGGACGCGAAGAACGCGACCUUCGCCGCUAUCGAGGAGGGCAUCGUGCCGGGCGGCGGCGCCGCGCUCGCGCACCUCUCCGUCAUGGUGAACGACUUCAAGGACACGCUCGUGGACCCGGAGGAGCGCUUGGGCGCGGAGAUUGUCCAGAAGGCCCUCGUCGCGCCGUGCCGGAUCAUCGCCAACAACGCGGGCGUGGAGGGCGACGUCAUCGUCGAGAAGGUUUUGAACUCUGACUGGGAGAUGGGGUACAACGCGAUGGACGGCACGUUCAUCGACAUGAUCGAGGGCGGGGUCAUCGACCCGAAGAAGGUGACGCGCAGCGGCUUGAUGAACGCGUGCUCGAUCGCGGGGAUGGUGCUCACGACGCAGGCGGUGAUCACGGAGAUUCCGGAGGAGCCGAUGCCGAUCGGCGCGGGGCCGGCGGCUCCCGAUCCGAACAUGCCCGGUAACUUUUCGCUCUGA